AUGUCACGCGCUCCUGGUUUAGGACGAGCUCUGCAAACGCUGAGAGUCGGCUCUCUGCCUCCCACAGCGAUUCGCACUGCAACCGCUACUCGAAGCAGUAGUAGUUCUCCGCUCGUGGAGCUCCGAGAAUACGCGCUCAAACCAGAAUUUUCGACUCCGUAUUUAUACGCGACGGGAACUGCGGCUGACUUGCGCAAAUCGCUGUCGCCUUUACGUUUCUUUAGUAUGCCUGAUACGGGUGGAGAAUUAAACAAGGCCACGCACGCGUACUAUUAUCAAGGCGGACACGAGGAACGGAACGCCAAGCGCGCAGCCAUGGCGACCAAUGCGGAGUGGAAAGCGUACUUGGAAAGCUGCCGUCCAUGCAUGAAUUCCCAGUCAUCCUUGCUCUUUGUUGAAGCGCCGUUAGUCGGACAAAUGGAUCAAGUGCUAGGGCUUGCCGAUGAACCGCAAAGUGACAACGGAAACGACACUAUUCUCGAAAUACGUCGAUACAAAUUGAAGCUCGGUUACGACACGGUCCCGAAAUUUCUUAAUCUCUUUGCCCAAGGGCUGCCUUCGAAAUUGAAUGCGGAUGGAACAGAUCCUACAACAUCGCUCGUUACGCUAUUGUAUUGUGAAGUUGGACGCUUAAACGAAGUGAUAGAAAUCUGGCGACACGGUGACGGCUCUGCAGCAAUGGAACAGUCACGGGUAGCGGCCCGGAAUGCCCACGAAUGGCGUGAAGCGAUCGCGAGUAUUGCCGAUCUUGCCAUUGAAUUCUCGUCCACCAUUCACAAACCAGCACCCUUUUCUCCAAUUCGGUAGACUUUCUUUGGGAAGAAAUAUCUAGGAACCCGUCCAAUGGUCUGAUGUGAACUUAUCGGGCGAGCAUCAAGCACAGUGCGAACAACAAAUGCUUAAAAUAAGGCUAUGGAAUGACAAGCACUAUGACCUCGCUUAUUAAUGAAAGGGUCCAAUGGUGAUUGUGCCUUAUAGAAUGGUUUGAGAAACGGUUC